GUCAAAAUAAGUUAGGUUAGGUUAGAUCUCUUUUGUUCUAAAUAAAACAAAUGCUUUGAAAUACGGGAUAACGAAUGAUAUACCAAAAUGACGUUAAAUCCAAGAAAGUACUUAAUUAGAGAUAUGAUUAAUAAACCAACACCCUUUGAUGUUUGGUUGCAAGGAUCUAUCGAACAAAAUGUCGGUAACGAUAUUUUAAUAAUAUCGGAUACGUUUGGAAGAGCGAAAAUAACGAAAUGUGAGACUGCUGACGGCGUUAUCGAUAAAGCUUCUUUACAGAAAGGCAAAUAUUGCUGUAUACUAGGCACAGCCGUCUCAACAAAGGGCCUGCCCGAAGUGCAAGCUAGCAAAUUUGUCGAUCUCAGUGCACAGCCAGACAUGAAGGAGGCGUGGGAAUACGAAGUUCGAGAAUCUAACUUACUCUUUCAAGGAAAAAUAAAAUCCUCAGUAUAAUAUAAA